CGCGGCGCCAGCACCUUGACGCCCUUCUCCAUCCAGGCGAUCCUCAACAAAAAGGAGGAGCGCGGCGGGCUGGCCGCGCCGGAGGGGCGUCCGUUCCCCGGGGGCACGGCGGUGGCGGUGGCCGCGGCGCCCGCGGUCUGCUGCUGGCGACUCUUUGGGGAGACUGACGCGAGCGCGCUGGGGGGCGCUGAGGACUCUCUACUGGCGUCUCCUGCUGGGACCAGAACCGCUUCGGCACGGACCGCGGAGAGCCCAGGGGGCUGGGACUCGGACUCGGCUCUCAGCGAGGAGAACGAGGGCCGGCGGCGCUGCGCGGACGCGCCGGGGGCCAGCGGGGCCUGCCGCUCAGGGGGAGCCCUGGGCCUCGGCCAACCCGUCUGCGAGUUGCCCGCCUCCAAGGACCUGGAGGAGGAAGUCGCAGGCCGGAGCGACAGCGAGAUGUCGGCCAGCGUCUCAGGCGACCACAGCCCGAGGGCGGAGGACGACGGAGUUGGCCCCGGAGGUACGCGCUUGCCGGUUCUUUGCAGCGGGGCUGGAGGCGGAGGCGGCGGCGGCGCCGGCGGCGGGCCGGACGGCUGCGUGGAGGAGGAGGAGGAGCCCGCGGUGCCGAAGCCGAGGAAGAAGCGCUCGCGGGCCGCCUUCUCUCACGCGCCGGUCUUCGCCAGGCGGAGCCUGCCCACAGGGGGCGCCUUCUUCUCACUGGAACAGAGGCGCCGCGUGGGCGAGGGUCCCCGCUUGCAGCUCACCUGCCUGGAAGGCCCUGGACACUAUUUAUUGCCGCAGCCGUGUUGGAUUUGGGUGAUGGCUGCCGGGGACCACAUGGCGCGAAUCCCCAGAUUCCGGGCGAGCCGGGAGCUUCGUGCGCUAGGCCACACUAGUUCAUGGAGAACCGGUAACCGGCUGGAAAUAGCUGGGGCUCAUUUUCUCAGCCUAUUUUUACUCUUGGUCAGAGGACACUUGCCCCUCCUGGAGCGGCGCUGCUGCCCACGCAGGAAGGGUUUAAACCCACGCGGCUCAAGGAGUCGCUACUUUGGGAACUUUGCAGACGUCACGAAUGAAUCUCACUGA